AUGGGUGUUACCGUUCAAGACAUAUGUUUUGCCUUUUUGCAAAACUACUACGAAAGAAUGAGGACCGACCCUUCCAAAUUGGCAUAUUUUUAUGCAAGUACAGCCGAGUUGACGCAUACUAAUUAUCAGUCCAAGUCAACAAACGAAAAAGAUGACGUUCUUCCAACGGUGAAAGUUACUGGACGUGAAAACAUUAAUAAGUUUUUUUCUAGAAAUGAUGCCAAAGUUAGGAGCUUGAAACUAAAAUUAGAUACUAUAGAUUUCCAGUACACUGGGCACUUGCACAAAAGCAUUCUGAUCAUGGCCACGGGUGAAAUGUUUUGGACAGGAACUCCGGUCUAUAAGUUUUGUCAAACAUUUAUCCUGCUACCAUCCAGCAAUGGGUCUACGUUUGACAUUACCAAUGAUAUAAUCAGAUUUAUUUCCAAUUCAUUCAAGCCUUAUGUCUUAACAGAUGCUUCUUUGUCACAAUCUAACGAGGAGAACUCUGUCAGUGCAGUUGAAGAAGAUAAAAUAAGGCAUGAGUCCGGAGUUGAAAAAGAAAAAGAAAAAGAAAAAUCACCAGAAAUAUCGAAACCAAAGGCCAAAAAGGAAACGGUCAAAGACACAACUGCGCCAACUGAAUCGUCAACUCAGGAAAAACCAAUUGUCGAUCAUAGUCAACCUCGGGCUAUACCCGUCACUAAAGAGUCCAAGAUUCACACCGAAACGGUACCAUCUAGUACUAAGGGCAACCACAAACAAGAUGAGGUCUCUACAGAAGAGUUAGGAAACGUUACUAAACUAAAUGAAAAAUCUCACAAAGCCGAAAAGAAAGCUGCACCAAUCAAGACAAAGGAAGGCUCUGUUGAGGCCAUAAAUGCUGUUAAUAACUCUUCUUUGCCCAACGGUAAAGAAGUUAGUGAUGAAAAACCGGUACCUGGGGGCGUAAAGGAAGCUGAAACUGAAAUUAAACCAAUAGAGCCACAGGUUUCCGACGCCAAAGAAUCCGGCAAUAACGCUUCAACACCUUCAUCUUCUCCAGAGCCCGUUGCGAAUCCACCAAAGAUGACAUGGGCCUCAAAGUUGAUGAAUGAAAACUCCGACAGAAUUAGCAAAAAUAAUACCACGGUUGAAUACAUCAGACCUGAAACACUACCCAAGAAACCGACUGAAAGAAAAUUUGAAAUGGGGAAUCGGAGGGACAACGCUAGUGCUAACAGCAAAAAUAAGAAAAAACCAGUAUUCAGCACCGUUAACAAGGACGGCUUUUAUCCAAUCUACAUUAGAGGUACAAAUGGCUUAAGAGAAGAAAAAUUGAGAAGUGCCUUAGAAAAAGAAUUCGGUAAAGUUAUGAGGAUAACAGCUGCAGACAAUUUUGCCGUCGUCGACUUUGAAACUCAAAAGAGCCAAAUCGAUGCUUUAGAGAAGAAGAAAAAGUCAAUUGAUGGUAUUGAAGUAUGCUUAGAAAGAAAAACAGUAAAGAAGCCCACGAGCAAUAAUCCUCCUGGCAUAUUUACUAAUGGAACACGUUCUCAUAGAAAGCAACCCCUAAAAAGAAAGGACUAG